AACAGCACUUAUCUACUAACUGUUCACAUUCCAUUUUACCUCCGGUUUCUACCAAGAUAUGGCAAACAAUGCCCAAUUCUUGGUUAGAGGUGCCAGGCACCGUCGAGUGCAUGCGAAACAUCCGCUGAUUUUGGAACCGCAUGACCGCAUCUGAUACAUAUAUUUGUGCAAGAACCUUUUUUGUCCUCCAUAUUUCGGUUUUCACUCUGCCGCGCAUUUGCGUGUGGUGUCUGGUAAUGGUUUGGCGGAGAUGACUCCGGCAUCUUUUAGCUUAGCUGGAGGGAUAUAAAUUUAAGGAACCCACCCCUUGUAAAGGAAUUAAAGGGCUAUCACCAGUGGGGAUUCUUAUUUAAUAAUACCUCUUAUCAAUUCCCUGCAGUGAGGCCCGGUGAAGCUUGCUUCAUGGUUUUUUAUCAGCUUCUUUUGUUUCUCGUCCUAUGGACUUGUUACGGCAGCGCUGCUUCUGUUACCAAGCAGCGUGGACCAGUUUUUAAGCCCAGUUCCAAUGGCCAUAGCUCAAAUAAUAUCAUUGAGUGCUCCUAUCCAGACAUGCACGGAUGGGUCCAUGAUAAAUUCGACAAACGGAAUUGGCUCAAAUGGGUUGGUAAGGGCCCGGCGCCUGAGCCUCGCGAGUAUGGCGUUGCUACCGAUUAUGAAAAGUACACACCCAAGGGCAUCACUCGAAAAUAUUACCUAGAAAUCACCAAUGGUACCGUUAAUUUUGACGGAGUGCCAUUCACCAAGGCAAAACUUUUCAAUGGCACAUACCCUGGCCCUUGGAUUCAGGCCUGUUGGGGUGAUGACCUUGAAAUCACCAUCACGAACAAGCUUGAGUAUAACGGAACUGCAAUCCACUGGCAUGGCCUCCGAAUGCUUAAUGCCAACUUGUACGACGGCGUUCCAGGAGCCACACAGUGUCCAAUUGCUCCAGGCGAUUCCUUUACGUACAAGUUUCAAGCAACUCAAUAUGGAACGAGUUGGUAUCACAGCCACUACUCCUUGCAAUAUUCCGAUGGUUUGGCUGGGCCUUUAACAAUCCACGGUCCAUCGAGCGCCGAUUACAACUUCUCCCUUGAUCCGCUGUUGAUGACCGAUCACCUUCACAACAGCGCUUUCGAGGAGUAUUAUCAAGAGCAGGCUGGCAGACCUCCGAGGAUGAGCAGCAUAUUGUUGAAUGGAAAAGGGAGCUACACUGGUCUCGGUGACAAGGCUCCGAAGAGAAAGUAUAGCACCGUUGUAAAAAAGGGGAAAAAAUACCUUCUGCGCCUGAUCAAUGCUUCAACGGAUACCACGUUCAUCUUUUCAGUUGAUUACCACAAUUUGACAGUUAUCGGAGCGGAUUUCGUUCCAAUAACUCCGUACGACACUGACCACAUUGCGGUUGGAAUAGGCCAACGAUAUCACGUUAUCUUAAAUACACUCCCAAAAGCUAGAUCCGGCGACGCGUAUUGGAUGCGCGUUAUCCCAACCGAACGAUGCGGUCGCUUUGAGUCCGAGCAUCCUCCGGAUGAGAGACUAGGGGUGCUGUACUAUGACCGAAAGACCAGAAAAUUCCCAACGACCAUGCGAGAGCAAUUCUCCCUCAAGUGUCGCGAUGAACCCUUCGAGCGGCUGAAGCCUAUCCUCUCAUGGCAGGUUCCAGAUCCACUACUCUACCCUGGUAUAUUCACGAACACCACUCGUAGUGAUGUCGAACUCGGAAAAUGGCGUAUGCCAGGGCGCCCACCAAGUUCCGGCGAAGUUACCUACUGGACCAUUGGCCCUUCUCCCAUGUGGGUGAACUACUCAAACCCCCUAGUCAAGAACCUGGACAAGACUAGGUUCGACGACACCUUGGUUGUGUAUCCAUCAGAGGACCACACGAGAAACGGCUGGGUGUAUCUUUUGAUCACCGACACGUUCAGCCGGCCCAAUAAAACUGCAGUAGCUCACCCGAUGCAUCUUCACGGUCACGAUUACGUCUUGCUCCAGCAGUCGACGAAGCCAUUUACUCCCGAGAAAUUGAAUUUGACGCUCGACAAUCCACCUCGACGAGACGUAGUCCUGUUAUCAGCACGUGGAUUCCUCGUUAUUGCAUUUAAGGCCGACAACCCAGGAUCGUGGGUCUUGCAUUGCCACAUCGCAUGGCACUCAUCCGCAGGCUUGGCACUGCAAAUCCUUGAGCGCCGUGAUGAUUUCAAGGCAUCUUUGAUGAACAAACAAGAUGAAGUUGCAGAGGUGGAGAGAGUCUGCAAAAAUUGGGACACUUGGUUCAGUAACCCCAAGAACCACUGGGAGCCUGAUGGGUUCUUCCAGGAUGAUUCAGGUAUCUAAAGAGGGGGCAAGACCGUAUGGGGUCCAAGCUAAGACCCUCGUUGCCGAAUACACCCUUUUUUUUCUAUUUCCUUUUUCCUUUGCUCCUGUUUCAAGCCCUUGAUUUGCCGACAUUAUGAAAAAGAAAUUCUUGUGGGGUUGCGCUCAUUUUCAUGGCAAGGGAGUUAUUGUGUUGGGAGGUGCAUCACGGUGUUUGAAUUUGGAUAAUAAUGACGAGAUAUCUAAUAAUAGGUUAGUUAAUAGUACUCCGUAAUAAUAUUUUCUUUCUCAUUAA